CAAACAUUUUCAAUAUUUUCAAUACAUCAUUAGAUCGAUUAUUGUUAUCAAUAUUAAAAUUGCGUUUCUUGUUUGUAUAUUUAAGAUACAACAAUGAACUCCAGUCAAAGAUUCUUCAUUAUUGCCAUUAGUACAGUCAUAAUACAAAUUGUAAUAUCAGAUUGUACAAUCGAAGGACCAACAGCCGUUUGUCUAAAUAUCGACAGUGAUACAAAUUUAAAUUCGGAUACUAGAAAGGCAAUAACAAAAAUUGUCUUCAAAGGACAAGACAAAGGCUUAACGUUAAUUGAAGAGACUUUCAAAGAUUUUUACAAUGUCAGGAAAUUGAUAUUUGACACAGCACGAAUACAAGAUAUCCAACAAGGGGCAUUUAAACCGUUAGUGAACUUAGAAAAAUUCAUAUUUAAAAAAUCUAUUAUAAAACAAUUCGAAUAUGGUGUAUUCAGUGAUUUGGAACAAGUUAAAACACUUGUAAUCAAUCAAGUUCGAUGGGACAAAACAACAAAUACUGAGUUAACAAAUAUUUGGUUAAAAGAUUUUCCAAAUUUACAAUUCUUAGAUAUAAAAUUACGAUAUAUUGAAUUAUCACAUAAUCCAAUUGAAGAGAUUGAUCUUAAUCAUAUUUUGAAAACAAAUACAAAAUUAUCAGCAAUAAAUCUGAAGCAUUUACCUUGUGAAACAAUUAAGAAAAAUAAAGUUUUUAUUGACUCAAACAUGUCGAUAUUUGGCAGCUUAGAUGACGUAGAGAAAGAAUGUAACAAUGGUAACAAUAACAUUAUCGUUAAACUUGGCUAA